AUGAUUCCCAGCAUUCCGCCCGCGUUGUAUGAACGCUUGCUGGCGGAGGUGGCGAGUCUGGAGAACAUAUUUGCACCAGCAAACGAAAGCUCCUUCGCGCAGGAUUUUUGUGCUGCAUUUGGCUCUUGGUUCCGACCCCCGGACAGAUCCACGCGCCAAAAGAUCUUCGACGCGAUUCAAAAUUGGAAAAAGGUCGCGGCGUCCGUAUCGGACGAACGCAUUUGGGAGUACAGCAGUAUCGCGCCGGAGGGGGUCCCAUUUGACGCGUACUUCAACGCGCCCGGGGCGGGCCCGCUGCGCGAGCUUACGAAGAUUAGCUGCGGCUGGAUGCGCGACCGGCUCGGCCUGGACGAACGCGCGACUCGCGAAAGGUUGCGGCAGAUGUAUUUCGUCUUCGAUGCGAGAAUCCAAGCGGCCCACGUGGACAAUUUCGAGGAGGUGGUGCGCGACUGGCACAAAGCAGCCAAGGCGGGUCCGGUCAUAGGCCCUAUUUGGCGGGCCUAUGACCGCCUGCAAAAACGCGUGCAGCAGGAAGUGGAGAAAAAAUACGGCGAUUUCAAGCGGUGGCGCUUCAAUUUUACGUUUCACGAUCUCAGCUGCAGCGUUGACCCCGAGGCUGGUCCUGCUCGCGGCAACUGCACGUCGAACACAGGCCGCCCCGCUUCUAGAAGUACAACUACGUCUGUGCCGGAGGGUGGCCUCCAUAAUUACAUCCUUACGCCAGAUUACGAAUUCAAUGAAAACAUUUACACCAGUAAGAAGAGUUACAAAGCUCCUGGCGAAUUUAUCAUUCCCGAGCCGCCAGCCAAACUGAUGGAUUGUGGCCUCAGUGGCGCGUGGUGGAGAGGCACCGAUUUGGCCGCUUGGUUCUUUCUGCAGGUCGGGCGCGCAAUCCAGAAGUUUCGAGCUCUAGAGGAUCAUGGCUCCACGUCCACGAACAACAACUUCACGGCAACAUCAAGGAUAAGUUGCGAAUUGAACUGCGGAGACAUAGGGGCCUACCUCAAUGAGUUGGAACGAGAGGCCUUUGCUGCCGGAACAACGUCCAAGUUGUUUGACCGGGUGUUUGUUUCGAACAUUCUCGAUUACACUGGAUGUCUGGACUUCUUCAGUUACGGUAUCCCGCUGCUAAAGCCAUCAAAUGGCUGCACGAACUCCACGGUCUUGCGGAACUGCGGGCACUGGUUUCCGUGGACGGGUGACAUGCACUGCGCCGAGGCCUACAAAAAGUACCUGUACUGGGGGAGUGCGCUCGGGAGUUAUGAGCAAAUUCGCGAGGUGUUUGGCGCGUCGGUGGAGGGGGCGCCAACUAUGAUGGAGCCGCACCACGUGUGGAAGAAAAGCGACGCGUUCGGCACCGGCCGAUUGCUCCCGAAGACUUUGAGCCGAAAGACGACCGUCAAGACCUACCUCGCCACGCUGCUGGUGCGCUUGGUGCUCCCGCCGCAGAUGGUGGAGGAGGACCGGGGUUGGGAGAUGGGCGCUCCCUGCGUGCCGCCGACCGGCCUCGCCGGGUUUCUGCGGGUGGCGCAGUCGCUGGUGCGAUACCAAAACUGUCCGCCGCACUGGGUGUUCGAAAUUGUCGAGGCGGUUCUGAAACGGGGUGAGUUGAAGGACGUCUGGUGCCGAGACCGCAGCGUGCCCGUGCCCGAGUCCGAGAAAAAAAUCAGCAAUGUGCCCUUAGAUUGGGCACAAGUCGAACUCGCGACGCUGCUCCGCGUGUUCGCGAACGAAGUGCCCUUCCGUUUGGAUGGGUUCCAGCGACUCGCUGACACCGUACUAGGCGACGGGUGCGCGGCGCAAGAGAGCAGUCGCGUGCGCGUGUACCGGGGGAAAUUACGCAAGCCGCUGGUGCCGUGUACACAACUUACGCACGGAAAGCACCCGGUUAUGGGCGUCGCCAUUGUCUUCUCGGUUUCUCAUCUUGUUGAAGCAUUGAAGAGCAAAGCGGGUUAUGAUAUGAACACUCCAGCAGAGAUGUUGAACGACUACAGGCCGCGGCUGGUUGGGCCAGUUCCGAACGACGCCAAGGCCGAGCUGAAGUUUUGGGGCGUUCCCAAAAACGCGGGCGAUUUGAGAUACCCAGGGUAUACUUGUUCUCCCUUCUUCAAGUUCAUGGUUUACUGUUCGAAUGAUGGCCAAAGAACAUGUAGCUGCUGUUGUAGCCGACGGAUUCGAUUAUUAUCUAUUUGUUUCUUCAGUAAAAAAAGCUUUUAGUUCUUCUCGUCCGGCGCGCAACAUUUUCGGGUGAGGUUUUUGCAAGAGCUACUUACUACCUUCUCUGAAAAGAACAACGACUAAACAGCACCGUCCUACAUCGCUUCACCACCUGUUCCUGGGAUUUCGAGUCACGGGAAUUCGAGAUCCUGUUGUCGAGCGCGCUGUUUGAGAAGUUUUCCGCUGACGGCUACUCCUGCGUCGUUUUCGAAUAUGGUACUUACAUCGUGCUCAGUAGGGAGGCGGUCCCGGUCAAGAGCCUGCAAAUUGUGCAAGCCGAUGCGUCGAAACUCUUCCGGGUCUGAGGGUGCUUCUAUCCUGGUAGUGCCUCCUAAGUGUCGCAACGAAUCGCCAGGGAGGUGGUCGACGUGAUAAUGUAAAAGUUGCAAUUGUUUGAUCCAACGGGGACAAACGCACUUUCGCGAUGGAAAAUGCUCCUGCAAGAAGAUGAUAAGCAUAAGUAACUGAAGUGUUGCCCCUUGAUGAUCACAAACAUGUUUACGCUAGAGUCCACAUCAAGAAACGCACAAUCAAGCUGUGGCUGAAUUGCUAGAC